CACAAGCCACAUAAGGCUUGGAAAAUCCUUGUGAUCAUCCCCUAUCAAUUAAACCAUCAAAUUCAAGCAUCCCAACAAUUUUGCGAGUAUUGGCGAAUCGUUCCCACGCUCGUCCCCACGCUCCCCGGAGCAUAUGUACCUCUUUGCCCUUGUUGCCAAAAGGGCAUAGCAUGUGCAAACCUAAUUUCUCCUGCCAAUGACCUUCCACAAUGGGGGGCGUUACCUUUGCAGCUGCUAGACUUUGCAUCAGGCGCCUCAACAUCGGCUGGACAUGCGCUAGGUGUCGCAACCAGGCCUCCCGACCCGAUCUGCCGUCCUUCCCCUUAUCGCGACGAUUCGGCACGUCAAGACCUACGUCUACAAAGUUCAAUGCCCGGCCCACGCGCAGACGAGCUGUGAUCCUGGCCGCGACGGGCACCGGAGUUGCAACCAGCAUCCUUGCGAGCGUCUUGGCCUUCCCAGAUGACAUCAAGCAUGGCUACGAGGGGGCCGAGCGCACGGGAAGGGUUGCCUCGGCCCUGGCCAUAUGUAUUAACGACUACCGAACGACGCUCAAUCAACGAGACGCGGUCGAAGAUGUGGACGAGCGCGAUCGACUGCUGAAGGACUGCCACAAGAGGUGUGCUGUGAGGACACUGAAGGUCCUGGAGAAGAAUGGCGGCAUCUUCAUCAAGCUGGGGCAGCACCUCAGUGCCAUGAACUACCUCCUCCCGUCGGAGUGGACGACGACCUUCAUCCCGUUGCAGGACAAAUGCCCUGUAUCCUCGUUCGAGUCGAUCGAGCAGAUGUUCAAGGACGAUACGGGCGAAGAAUUAUCCUUCUUCUUCUCGGAAUUCUCCAGGGAACCGAUCGGAGCAGCCUCCCUGGCCCAGGUCCACCUAGCAGUUGUGAAGGACUCCGGCCAGUUGGUUGCCGUCAAGGUGCAGCAUCCCGGGUUGGCGCAAUGGGCGCCGCUCGACCUGUCGCUCACAAAGUUCACCUUCUCGUCGCUCAAACGCUUCUUUCCCGAGUACGAUCUCGAAUGGCUGUCUUCGGAGCUGGAAUACUCCCUGCCUCAGGAACUGGAUUUUGAGCGCGAGGCUGAGAAUGCCAUCCGCACCAAGGAAUACUUCUCCCAUAUCCCAGAGCUGCCCCUGGUUAUUCCGGACGUGAUAUGGGCGAGGAAGCGCAUUCUCGUCAUGGCAAACGAGUCGGGCCACCGCCUGGAUGAUCUGGACUAUCUCGACUCGAACGGCAUAGAUCGCGACGAAGUAUCAGCGACUCUGGCGCGGAUAUUCAACGAGAUGAUUUUCGGGGAUGGCGCACCGUUGCACUGCGACCCGCAUGGAGGGAACAUCGCCAUUCGGAAAAACGACUCUCGCCGCUACAGCCGGCGGGACGCGAACUUCGACAUCAUCCUGUACGACCACGGGCUGUACCGCGACAUCCCCCUGGACCUCCGGCGCUCGUACGCCAAGAUGUGGCUCGCCGUCAUCGACGGCGACAUCGACCGGAUGAAGAAGUACGUCAAGGAGGUCGCGGGCGUCGAGGAGGACAAGUUCGCGCUCUUCGCCUCGGCCAUCACGGGGCGCGACUUCAGCGUCGUCAGCUCGUCCAUCACGCAGCCCCGGUCGGCGGACGAGAAGGAGACCAUGGGCGAGGCCCUGCAGGAGGGCCUGCUCGCCGACCUGGUACAGCUGCUCGGCCAGGUGCCGCGCGUCAUCCUCCUCAUCCUCAAGACAAACGACCUCACCCGCAGCCUGGACGAGAACCUCCACACCCGCCAGGGCCCCGUGCGCCAGUUCCUGAUCCUGGCCAGGUACUGCAUGCGGACCGUGUUCUACGAGCAGCUGGAGGAGAUCCGCCAGCGGGGCUCGUUCUACUGGCCGCCCAAUGCCCUGAGGCUUGCCGUUGCGUGGCUGGGCUAUUUCAGGGUCGAGAUCAAGCUAGAGGCGUUUGAGUUCUGGCUCAGCAUCAAGAGGAUGACUGGAUUCAACAGGAUAGAAAUGGCUAGCAUAUCAUAGACAGACUUGCAUUGGUGGAUAAUCUGUAAUUCUUUUAGGAAGCACUUGCGACGAUCAUAGAGUAAUCAUAUCAUGUCCAUCUCCGUUCUCCCCUGCCAAGAGUGCUGUGUAUAUGGCAGGCUCGGACUCCUACCUCACGUAGCUCCUAGUCAGGG